CAUUUUCUUUUUUAAAAAGCAAAUAAUCAUAUCAUAUCUUCUACUUUAGGCUAAUUGAAAGCGUGUUACAGCCAUAGUUUGCAUUAUCACUCAAUACCUUACUCCAAUCAUUUAAAAACUUUAUUCUCUGAACCAUUUGCUUAUAUGUUUGAUAUGUCUUUGUAGCCUAAGAUCAUAAAAGACCUAAUAAAUAUUUGUUUUCAAUCAUAUUUGAUAGAGAAGAAUGGUUGAUGCAACCGUAUCUUUUGCGAUUGAAAAGCUCGGCGAAUUUGUUGCGCAAGAAGUUAAAGUUAGAAUAGGAGUAAAAGAUGGUGUCAGGUGGCUCAAAGAUGAAUUGAUCUACCUCCAGUCUUCAGCAAGAUAUGCAGAAUCAAGACAGGACGAGGAACAGAUUCGUAAUUGGGUAAAAAAUGUCAGAGAUGUCGCUAAUGAUGCAGUGACUAUCUUACGCGAUUUUAGUGCAUUCCAACAAGAACAAGAAGCUACGAAACAAAGUGUCGUGGAUUGUUUCAAGGCCAGUGUUUGCAUGUACAAAAAAGAAGUUAAGCUUUAUGAUAUUGGCAAACAUAUAGAAUCACUCAAGGAAAGAAUCAUUGUGAUCAAGAACAGGAGAAUUGAGUAUGGUAUUGACAACAUCUUAGCCACUCCAAAUCUACAGCAAAAACAGAGAUCAUUGUUAAGAACAACCGCUAUUAAUAACCAGGUUGAUGUGGUUGGUUUCGAUGAUGAUUUUAAGACUUUAAUGGGUGAACUCGAUAGCAAAGAUACUUCCCUCAGAGUCAUUUCCAUUCAUGGGAUGGGAGGGUUGGGCAAGACUUCACUUGCCACCAAGUUGUACAAUUCUAGCAAGUUGAGACAGUUUAACACUCAUGCUAAGGUUUGUGUCUCCCACGAAUAUAACAUUGCGGAUGUUCUGAAAAGAAUAAUAAAGUCUUUCAAGGGGCUUGAGCAUGAACAGUAUAUGUCAAACAUGGAUGAACAUGACUUACUGCAGUAUCUGCCACAGUUACUGCGUGAAGAAGGUCGCUAUUUCGCAUUGAUUGAUGAUAUAUGGGAUGUACAAGUUUGGGAACAGAUUAGAAUUGCAUUUCCAGACCAGAAGAAUGGUAGUAGAAUUAUUAUUACCACACGAAACAGAAUAGUUGCACAGAUGGCAGAAGACAAGUGUUUUGUCCAUCAACUCCGUUUUCUAAGGGAAGACGAGAGCUGGCAAUUAUUCUGUAAGCGAGCAGAACCAAUAACCCCUAAUAUGGAGAAGUUAGGAAAGGAGAUGGUUGGAAAAUGUGGAGGUUUACCACUUGCAAUCGUGGUACUGAGCGGCCUAUUAUUACAUAACAUGAGUUAUGAGUAUUGGUCAAACGUGAAGGCACAUAUUUGGAGACACUUGAAGGAAGGUGGCUCUUUUCAGAUUCAAGAAAUACUGAGCUUAAGUUAUAAUGACUUGUCACCUAAGAUGAAAGAUUGUUUUCUCUUCCUUGGAAGGUACCCCGAAGACCAUGAGAUUUACCCAAUAGAAUUGAAGCUUCUAUGGAUUGCAGAGGAAUUUAUCACAGAAGCCGAUGAAGGAGAUGGAGUAGUCCUGGAGGAUUUGGCUGAAGAUUAUCUGAAAGAGCUAAUUAAUCGCAAUUUGAUUCAGGUUGAAAGUUUGCAAUUCAAUGGACAAGCUUCGAGAUGCCGAGUCCACGAUCUUGUACGAGAACUUGCCAUUAAUAUAGCAAAGGAGCAAAAGUUGUUGGCUGUUUUUGACUCGAGCAAGCACAAUCCAAAUCUCAUCCAAUUUUUGGAAGGACAAAGGCGUCACGUCAUUUAUGAUGGAAUCGGUGAGUACUUAAAAUUACUUGAGCAUAGAUCUGAUGCUUUAUAUAUGCAUUCACUAGCACUGGAUAAUUAUGGCGGUAGAGUCGAAUUAGAAGAAAUGAAGUUGAUGUACACCAGAUUCAAAAAUCUCAAAGUGCUAGAUAUGACAAGUGUAGAAUCAUACAGGAUACCAGAAGAAAUCGGGGAUUUAGUAUUCCUGAAGUCCCUAGGUUUAAUGGGGGGUAAGGGUGGUCUUUUAAUACUACCAAUUCCACAAAGCAUAGGCAAACUGAAAAAGCUACAAAUUUUGUUUGGUUCGAACCGAAGAGGUUACAGACGCUACACAGUUCCAAGAGAAAUUGGUGAGCUACAUGAGUUGAGGUAUCUAGACAUGCAUAUUACUGGGAGUUUGAAUAUAGGUAGCCGCCAAACUAAGCUCCACACUCUAUGUUGGAUAGACCGGAACCAAAUGCUCCAGAUUGAUGUUGUCAAGCUCACCAACCUACAUACAUUAUGUAUACAAAUACAGAAAGAAAAAGAAAAAGGAGUAUAUGGUGGUUACACGCUGAAGUCGAUAGGCAAAUUAAAAAGUCUCAGAACACUCAUCAUAUUCUCUCCUUAUACAAGUAUUCCAACUACAAAACCGCUCUCUUCUUGCUCUCGUCUCAAGAGCAUCACUUUAUCUGGUCCUAUAGAAGAUCCAUCAGAAUUAAGUUCCCUGCCUGAUUCAGUCAUGAAUUUAAAACUAACGCGUAGUGCGUUUACAGAAGAUCAGAUGCCUAAUUUGGGAAAUUUAUCGAAUCUUACUGCUCUUGAGUUGGAUAGGGUGUACGAGGGGAAGGAAAUUGUUUGCGGCUACAAAGCAUUUCCAAGUCUUCAAAUCUUAAGACUACAUCGUCUGCCCAAUCUAGAAGAAGUGAAAGUUGAGGAUGGAGCUCUCCCUUCUCUCAAAAGUUUCCAGACAAUUGAUUGUGGAAAGCUGAAAAGGAUUCCUCUACAACUAGAAUGUUUCUGGAUAAAGGAUCCGAAAUUGUAGCCAAGUGUGUACAUCAUAUAAAACUAGCAUUUUUUUUACCGGCACUUUUUGUGGCAGCACAACAAUUUUUAACAGCACUCUCAAACAGACCCUUCUAAAGAGAGCUUUUUUUAUCAA